GACCUCAUAUUUCACGACGUAACUUUCAUGCACGCCAGAAACCUCUCUCCUUGCGCUUGCACGAACACUGUACACACAUACCUCAUCCGUCAUGACGGUCGCACUCUCGGAGGAGCAUCACGGCAAUAAGAAGGCGGUGCAGCAAAGUGCCACCGUUAACUUCAGGAGGGUGUUGGCGCUCGCUCCGACCACGAUUCUUCUCACCGUGAUCCCUCUGUGGCUCCUCUUCGUGAGCUCGCCCGUCCAGCCUCGAGAUUAUCCUCCGGCAUGUUCAAUAGAGGACAAAAAUGGUGGCCAUGAGGGCAAGGAUGAGGCAGCAGUAGUGCCGGUGCCGGUGCCGGUGGUAAGGGAGAAGAAGUGCGACGUGUUUAAGGGGAAAUGGGUGUACCGCCCGGACACGCCGACGUACUACACGAACGAGACUUGCUACGAGAUAAGCGACCAGCAGAACUGCAUGAAGUUCGGGAGGCCCGACACGGAGUUCUUGAAGUGGCGGUGGCAGCCGGAUGGGUGCGAGCUCCCGCCGUUCGACGCGGCCGAGUUCAUGGAGAUGGCGAGGGGGAAGUCGAUCGCCUUCGUCGGCGACUCUCUGGGGAGGAACCACAUGCAGUCCUUGCUGUGCCUCUUGUCCAGCGUUGACCAACCGGAGGACAUCUCUCUGAGGUACUCCACCGACUACAACUUCAAGCGAUGGUACUUCCCAAACCACAACCUAACCCUAGCCACCUUCUGGGCCCCAUUCCUGGUCCGCACCACCGACGCCGGUGGCGGCCAAACCCUCAACGGUGUCCUGAGCCUCCACCUAGAUGAGCCCCACCCUGCUUGGUCGUCCGAGAUCGGUGCCUUCCACCACGUCAUCGUCUCAGCGGGCCAGUGGUUCUUCCGCGCCCUCGUCUACUACCAGAACGGUCGACUCCUGGGCUGUUCUGCGUGCGGACGGGACAACAUGACCGAGGUGUCUAGAUUCCGGGCAUAUCGAACCGCGUUACGUACCACGCUGAAUGCCAUCAUGGGAAUGAAGAACCGCGAGGGCGGCAUCACAUUCCUGAGGACGUUCUCGCCGGCACACUUCGAGAAUGGGGAUUGGACCGACGGAGGGAGUUGCACGAGGACGAGGCCGUUCAAGACCGACGAGAAGAAGCUGGAGGGCUACGACUUGGAGUUCUACUUGGCUCAAGUGGAGGAAUUCUUGGAAGCUGAGAGGAGGGCGAGAGAGGAGGGCAUGAAGAUUAGGCUGCUCGACACGACGCGGUCCAUGCUGCUCAGGCCCGACGGACAUCCGAACCGCCAGUGCAACUGGCCCAAGAGCAAUGUCGGCCGGGCGGAUUGCGUGCACUGGUGCUUGCCCGGCCCGAUUGAUACGUGGAACGAGUUCUUGUUUCAUGUGAUGAAGUCGGAGAAAGGUGUAAAGUUUACUCAAAGGAAGCUACAGAGUGCGUAACUGAUGUUUAUGUUUGUACAACAUCUAGAGGAAUAAAAAAAGCAAUCGCAUGUCAAUAACAUUUCUUAUCGUUUGAAAAAUGGAAUGGGCAUUUUCUGUUUUUCCA